UGCUCCUAUCCCGGCCAAGAUGGCGGCCAAGAUGGCGGUCAAGUAAAGGGAAAUGAAAGCAUUCAGCAUUUCUUUUGAUUUCUACCAUCUUUUCAUCUAGUUUGAGUCGUUUUUUAUGACAAAAUGGAUCACAAAACGCAGUUGAGAUCGCUUCUGGAUGAUUCACUGAAAAUUGAGGCAUUGGAAGUGGCAUUUUAUGGGUUUUUAAAGCCUAAAGAAAAUGAUGACAUUAAUGUGAGAAACUCAUUUAUUGAAUCAUUCAAGCCAUUCUGGGCCACUGUUCCACUGGCUUUAAAAGAUGAGGUCCUACUGGAUUUUGUGGCCUACAUUCACCAACAAAAUAGUUUGAGAAGAAUUGAAUUUUGCUUCGAUUUUUUAGCGAGCCUUGUUGAAAGCAAUGUGCUGUCAGCCAGGUCUGUCUGUGAAGUUGUACUCAAGUCAGAGCACCUGAAGUUUGAGAAAGAAAUCACUUGGUGCAAGACAUUUCAACUGGUUCACAAGAUUGUUGGCGGAACUGAUUACAAGGGAUGCCGUGGUGUUUUAAGCCUGGUAUUGAUCAAGUUUAACAGUAUUCCAAAAGAUCCUGAUCAAGCCUACUCGGAUCGUGUCAAUCAUGCAGUUAAGGUGCUUCAGUAUAUUCUUGAUCGUAAAGCUUGUCUCCUUCCAGCCUACUUUGUCAUCAGUGAGAUUUAUAAUCAUUAUCCUGAGAAUACAGAAAAUCCAGUAACUCCUCACUGGUCAAUCAGCAAGUUGCUGUCUUCUUGUGUGGAUACCUUCAGACCCCUGGCUCAUCUUGUGACAGUCACAGGUCGUUCAUCAUUGCUGCCUAUUAUUGGACACCCUGGAUCAUCUAUUGGUGUAUGGAAACUGGAUCCUGUUACCAGAUCCUUUCCUCUAAAGGGGCUUUUACCAUAUGACAGAGAAAUGCUCGAGCCCCAGAAGGAGCUUCUUCAGUAUGUGAUUGGGCAGCCUUAUUCACGUGACGUGGUCUGCACAUUACUUGGCCUUAACAAACAGCAAAAGCAGCGAUGUCCAGCAUUAGAAGAACUUCUAGUAGAUCUGAUCGUCAUUGCCAUGGAGAAGACUGAAAGUCACCCAACAGGCUUGAAUGAGUCUGGAUGCCAGUUGCUAUGGCACCACCUCUCCAGCCACCUUAUUUUCUUUGUGUUGUUUCAGUUUGCUAGCUUCCCGCACAUGGUUACAGCUCUGUAUGAUAAGCUUCUGGGAAGAACAUUGAAGAAAGGCAGAGAUCAUUUGAUGUGGGUUUUGCUACAGUUUAUUUCUGGUAGUAUUCAGAAAAACCCGCUGAGGGAUUUCAAGCCUGUCUUGAGACUCUUUGAGUUGUUAUACCCUGAAAAUGAGCUUCUUCCAGAGCCAGAUAUCAACAGUCCUGAGUCUGUUCAUUCACUUGCCAUGUCUUGUAUCUGGAUUCAUUUGACUCAGAAGGCAGAGGGAGAAAAGUUGACUAUAAAAUCACCUACUUCACACAUCCUCAAAAAGCAGCUUGAAUUUAUACACGAGUGUUCUAAUGCAAAGUCAACUCCUUAUUCCAUGGGCAACUAUGCUAUUCCUAUUCUCUGCAAUGCUUAUAGUACUAUUCCCACACGAUUCAGUGUUGCCAUGUCUGUCCUUGUGGAGAUGUGUUUUGGGAAUGGAAAGCCAAGUACAGCUCUUCCUGGACCAUCCAAUACUCUUGCUUCUGGUCCUACUGUUCCCUGUCCAAUGAGCUUGUUGGAUUCCUUGACUGUACAUGCUAAAAUGAGUUUGAUCCACAAUAUCUAUUCUCGCAUCAUGAAGAUGGGGGCGACGGGGGCUACUGUGGCUCUUGCUCCUGCUCUAGUAGAAACCUACAGUCGUCUGCUGGUCUACAUGGAGAUAGAAUCUCUGGGAAUCAAAGGAUUUAUUAGUCAACUUCUCCCUACUGUCUUCAAAGGUCAUGCCUGGGGUAUACUACACACAUUAUUAGAGAUGUUCAGCUACCGCCUGCACCACAUCCAGCCAGUCUACCGCGUUACUCUUCUCUCUCAUCUCCAUUCUAUAGCAAGUGUACCUCAUACCAACCAAAAUCAACUCCACCUAUGCGUGGAGAGCACGGCUUUGCGACUGAUAACAGGACUUGGAAGCUCAGAGGUGCAGCCACAGUUAUCGAGAUUCACUUUUGAACCAAAACAAAUUCUCUCAGCAGAGUCUGAAGAAUUGAAUCGAAGUCUUGUGCUGACCAUUGCAAGAGCCAUGCACGUUACAGGAGCCGAGUCCUGUGGCAACUGGUGCGAAGGGAUUCUUAGAACUUUGAUUACUAACACUCCACAUAGCUGGGCUUCUCAUACCCUAGCGUGCUUCCCGCAGCCCCUCCAACAGUUUUACAACCAGAACCCGUGUCCUGUUGAAACCAAACAAGCCCUAAAAACACGAGUAGAGGAUGAAUUUCGUCGAUGGAAAGGAAUGACAUCAGAAAGUGAAAUUCUUACCCAUUUUGGUGAACCUACUUCAUCAAAUGUUUUUAUCUGUAUUUUGUGGAAGAUUCUUCUUGAAUCUGGUAGACUCAGCACAACGUGUCACAAAGUGCUCGAAAGAUUGGGUGCGCGCGCACUUUCCAAUCAUGUGCGUGUCUUUUCUGAUUUCCUUGUCUACGAAUUCUCUGUAUCUGGUGGAGGAAAACACGUGAACAAGUGUAUCCAACAUUUGAAUGAUCUGAUAUGGAAGUACAACGUAGUGACACUAGAUCGUCUUGUGCUGUCUCUGGCUCUUCGCAGCCACGAGGGCAACGAGGCUCAGGUUUGCUUCUUCAUCAUUCAGCUGCUUCUCCUCAAACCUCCAGACUUUAGAACACGAGUAAAUGCUUUUGUUCGCGAGAACUCUCCUUGUCACUGGAUGCAGACUGACUGGYACCAGAAACACAUGGCAUACCAUACGAGUUAUCCAGAACGUUUUUACUACGAAGGUUUGCUGGAGAAUGCAGGCAGCACUGUACCAACUAUUCAGUACUUACCCAUCUACUUUGGAAAUGUCUGCCUCAGGUUUCUUGCAGUUUUUGAUAUCGUAAUUCAUCGUUUUUUGGAGCUCCCUCCAGUAUACAAGUCCUUAGAGAGUUUACUUGAUCAUCUUGGAAGUCUCUACAAAUUCCAUGCUCGGCCAAUCACGUAUUUGUACAACACUCUUCACUACUACGAGAACAGUCUUGAAGGAAAACCUUUGCUCAAGAAGAAACUGGUUAGUGUAGUUAUAGGCGCACAACGCGAUAUCAAACCACCCGACUGGUGUUUGUCUAGAGGUUACCUCGAGUUCCUCAGUUACGAGGAAGCAUCAUGGGUACCAGACCUGUCUUACUACUGUAAUUUGAUUGGUCGACUAGUCGACACAAUUGAAGGCAAGACACCCCCAGCCUUUCCCGAAUGCGACUGGCGCUUUAACGAGUUUCCUAACGCUACUGCACAUGCGCUCUACGUGACCAGCAUGGAGCUAAUGGCGCUGCCUAUCACACCUAAACAAGUGGGUUUUAAUCUGUUUGAUGUGAUCUAUAAGGGAAGCACUACUUACACCAAGACUUCCAUAAGGAAGAACAUCAUGGCGUGGAUUAACGCAGUUGCCCAUGUCAUGACGUCACUUCCGGAUUCCUACUGGAGCGUCAUCUACGAGAAGAUCUGCGAGGUUCUCAGGUCUGACCUGGCAGCACGUGACGUGGCAUCCAAUCCCAUGGUGCUUGACGAAACAGCUAGACCCAGUCCCUUUCCGUACUCGUUCUUUGACUUCUCGGCCAACAUGGCGAUGCACUCGGAGACUCAUGCUGAUUACGUGCUUGCACUGACACAUGGAGUAUGGCAUCAUGCUAGUAUUGGUCAGCUAACGACUAUGCCACAGUUCAUUCGCAGUCGCGUCACACCGCUGGUCAACAAUGAGGCUCAGCUGCUGUACAUCUGCUUCCUGGUUGGUCCAUUUUUGCAGAGGUUCUUCACUGAACGAACACGCUGUCUUCAGGAGAUAGUAAUCGAGUUGUAUCAUCUCCUUGAGAAAGUGGAUCGCGAGUCGCAGCACAUGUACCACAUCGAGACCAUCUGUGACUUCUUAUAUCACAUCAAAUAUAUGUUUAUCGGAGAUCUGGUUCGAGAUGAGGUGCAGAAGAUCAUUCCGAAGCUUCGUCAAUCUCUUCAAGCCAGACUACGCUUCAUGCUGCAGUCUUCGGUAAAACGAGAAGAAACCAAUGAUUAGACGAUUUAGCGUACUAGACCACAACAAAGACUGGUAAAUGGCGGAUGUAGCAGGAACCAAAACCGAAAUUACGGAAAUAAAACCAACAAGUGAAGAUUGGUGACUCAAACGAAGCCAAUAGUAGUUUUCGCAUAUAUGAUUACCGUGCACAUGUACGACCAUACCGUGCCCAUAUGUAACGUACGGUGCCUUGAUGUUGCUUUUAUUAUGCUGAUUGGAUAAGCGGUAUAGAUUGACUUGCUCUGAUUGGAUGUCUACCAUCGUACUGUGACGUGACGUAUGCUGUUAUUUCCCCAUUCAUUUGAAGAACUUUACCAAAACCCUAAAUCAUCGUAUUAGUUACACCCUUAGAGACGAAGAAAACUUGUAGAUAGCUAAUAUUCGUGUAAAUAAACUGAUGCAAAUAUAUUUUAAUUACUGGGAUACCUGUGGUGACCCGUCGUAAAAUACGCAAUAGUAUCCAGGGGUCUUCAGAACCUUAACCAAGAGAACUUACUUUGCGCGUAUUUGCAAUCCCGGUGGAGUCUGAUCAAUUAGCAUAUGCCAGCUGUCAAUCAAUGCCACUAUGUUCCAAACUGAGUAACAGUGGACGGAGCUAGCUUAUCACGUGACAGAAGUGAAUGUCUACGCAUGCUAUAUUUCGUUGACUGCUGUAAUUCAAGACAACCGCGCUAUAAAUAUAAAUUUUCUCGUAAACAAAACGAGGAUUUCUAAAGCUUUUCAAAUGUCAUGAUGAAGCUGUUCAAAGUAGUAAUCGAAGGUCAUUAACAUAAGGGAUAAAUGGUUUGGCUUUAAAGAAUACUACACUGAAUAAAUAUGAGCCGCACAUAGAA